AUGUCCGACGAAGUAUCCCAAUUCCUCGAGCAGGUCGAGCGCCUGCGAGGCCAGACGGCCGACGAGGACGAGGCCCGAGCCCGCGAGCAUGAAGAGUAUCUAGCAGCCAAGAGAGAGAGGCAAGCUCGUAGAGAAGAACGCGCUCGGUCAAUCUCUCCACAGAAGUCAUCACCUGCAAACACACCGUCGCCUCGCUCGAGCCGUCAGAUUGCGCGCCUGCCCGAGGCUUCGAAGCUCGAUUCCCCAACCUCGAAACCCAUCCACUCGCCCCACGAGCAGUUCUCAGAGGCAGAAGCGAAAUCGCCGCCCCCGAUGGAUUUCCCGUCCUCCACGUCUCCCACAAAGGAGAAUGAAGGUCUCGGGAGCUUCGAAACCGAAAAACCAGCCUCGGAGCAGAGGUCUUCCAACAGAGGGUCCGGCCUCUCCUGGCAAAAACGGCCGACUUCCCGCAACGGUCCGGGUGGCCCGCGGCCGCUUAGUAUGGUUGCGACCCAAAAUGCGACCCAGAAGUCUCUUGUCGGGUCGCCCGCAUCGCCUGAAGCCCAGUCCGCAACGGAGACGAGCUUCUCGAGAGAUCAAAUAGCACAGAGUCUCGGGUCCAAGGACCCUGCGUGGUUCCGCCAAACUGCCGAUAGAGGCCUCAACUCCGCCGCUUAUAGGAAGAACCAAGUCGAAGAUGACGAACGCGCAGAUCCCUCGUCUGUCAAAGCACAAUUGCCUGGCAUGUACGCCGAACCUGCCAAAGAGAGCGCCCCGGAGGCAAGCUCCCCCAUCCGUCGCUCAAUCGCGUCUCCUCCGACUUUGAACCCUCCUCGAUUUGACAAACCUAUCGAGGGAAGCUCCUCGCCCACCGGUCAUACAAGAUCCCCGUCAGGUUCUCCCACCCGAUCUACGUCUCCAACCAAGGGAAUGGGCGGCUUUGUGCAGAGCGCUAUGAUGAAGAGAUCGGACAGUGUCAAGCGGUGGAGUGUGCAGAGCCCCCCUGGCCUGGCACGUGCCAACACGCUUGCAUCCAAUCGCUCAGGUCAUGCCAGAGACACAUCGAUCUCGUCGUCGAAGCCCGCGACACUUGCUCGUGGUAACUCGGCCACACCAAGCUCGAGCGUACCGGUUUCCCCCCAUGAUGAGAACGAUAACAGCAAUGACACAACCCCUCGACCUUCAGGCACAGAUACAACAAUGGAAUCAAAACCAGAUCUCGGAGAAGGCCAGGAUCAGCCAAUCCCCAUCAGCCCCUCGAGGACCAUGGACCCACGACGUUGGAGCCCAACCAAGGGAAGCUGGCUCGAGAGCGCACUCAACAAGCCCGAAUCGCCGAAACCACCUCAGAAACCGAACAACUCGACACAGCCAGCUUGGAUGGCUGAACUGAACAAGAACAAGAGCGAAAGAGCUGGACCUGGGCACAAGCAUCAAGUCAGUAUUGGGGGACUUAUGAGAUCCACACCAAUGGGCGACGCUGCGAAACCAAAUACCACAGGUUUAGGAGGGAUCUAUUCGCCACCGCCUGGCGGCAACCGACCUACAUUCGGCCAUAGGCCCCAGCCUAGCAUAUCAAAACCUGUUGCUGAGCCAAGUGCUUCCAAGGAUGAAGUGGACGAGGUUGACAACAGCGAAGCAGUGGAGGCGGAACAGCAAGCUGGAGGCAACACGGAUUCGAAACAAGCUACAAUUCCAAGCUCAGUGACGAGUCCGCCUCCACUGAAGCCAAAGCCCGAAACCCCACCCAAGAAGGAUUUCCGCGGGAACCUGAAGCCACGACCUGUGCAGGAGGGACCAAAGGGCACAAACGAGUUGGAGUUCAGACGUGCUUUCGGCAGCCUACGGAAAGCCAAGACUCAAAAUUACGUUGCCCCUGAUGAGCUCAAAAACAAUAUUCUUCGAGGCAAAGCGGCCCUGAACCUGACUGGUGGACCGCAAAAGUCAGAGAUCAAAGACGAGUUCAAAGACGCUAUCCUCAAGAAGAAAGAUGAUUUCAAGAAGGCACAACUAGAAGGUAAAGGCAUAACCAGAACCUCAUCCUUCGAUUCUGAAAAGCCCGUUCCAGAGGGGCUUGCCCGGCGGGCGGAGCUCGGGAGACCACCAAUAGGUUUGAAAAAGGAGCCUGUUCCCGUGCCGUCAAGAUCACCUACGAUUGGGGGCACCGAUCCAAAGUCGCCUCCGGCCUCCACUUCCCUUGGUAGCUCUUCUCCAGAGCUGAAGCAGUCUUCGAUAGAAACUGAAGUGAAGAAGGAGGCGCCCGUGGCGCCGAAGAUCCAAGGUCGUGUUGGCGGAAGCAAGCUCGCAAAUCGCUUCAAUCCAGCACUUGCCGGCAUGCUUGCACGCGGUCCACCUCCAAUGGCUACUGAUGGUGGGAACACCUCUCGAGAGAGUGCUCGAGAGACCCAAGGAGCUGCAGAACAAACCAAACCCGGUCCUCAGUUGACGCAUAUGACUAAAGGCCGUGCCCGUGGACCCAAGAGAAAGGCGCCAUCAACUGCAGCACCAUCCCAGAAAGCCCCGGCUUCGACUCCAAGUGCAGACAUAGUGACAAAGCCAUCCAAGAUUGACGUUGCUCCUGCGGCACUUUCUCCCAUCUCACCUAAUCUAGAGGAGUCGGUAAGUUCUAAACUUGGAGGGUUAGAGAUAUACGACAAUACCAGCCCUGUCAGCUCGCCACCUCUGUCAAUUCAGCAACAGGUUGCUGCCAAAGCAUCUCUCCGUGGUAAGAUCUCUCCCCCCGAGUUACGGAAUACUGCGGUUCCCAGUAAGCCUGCGGCUGUGGAUACAGUACAGUCUCCUCCGUUCCGCAGACAAACAACAAGCCCAGAGAAGGAGACGGCCCGCCCAUUGUCGCCUCUCAAACCCCAUAAGACGGGCGGAGAUGUCUCCCAGCCCGGAUCGCCCAAGAAACUGGACGCCAAACGGAUGUCUAAGUUUUUGGACGAUUCUUCAUUGAGCAGUCCUAAACCAGAAAGUCCACGAGAUACUUGGAAGCUCGGCCACCAAAGGACUGGGUCAAGGUCACCAGUGAAGAGGUUCGAUACUCCUAGCUCGCCGGUGAAGAGAGAUGAGCCCCCCAUUUCACCUCUCAAGAGAGAUGCGGCGCUUUUCUCACCAGUAAGAAGAGACGAGGCUCCCAGCCCACCUGUGAAGAAGGAGGAGACGCCCAGAUUCAGAAGUGAAUCGUCAUUCAAAUCCAUUGGGCAGGAAACGCCUAGCUCACUGGCAACGCGAAGAGAGUUGCCUAGCCCACAAUUGAAGAGAGAGGAGUCUCCUAGGCUGAGAAAUGAAUCCUCCUUCAGCCCUCCCAGGCAGGUUGCCCCAUUGAAGCUUGCUUCCAGAAACGGCCCUGAGGCUCGGGCCUCCCCAUCUCCUGGACCAAAGCCACCCGCGUUCAGCCCAGCCUCGCCCGAAUCGUCCAUUCGAUCAGCUCGGCCUCUUCCAAACCCACCUAGCCGACUAGUUUCGCCCACGAAAGUGCCUACACCCCUCCCUUCACCAUCCAAACUGACGACCGAAGUAUCGCUUCUUCUCAACGAUUUCUUUGGACCCAACCGACCCAGUGGUGAUUGCCAAGUUGAUGCCACAUCCAUCAUUACACAGAGACCAGAGGUUGGUGCUAAGGUCGACACCCUCGGAGCUCGGAUGUUCCAGAUCACAGGUGACGGCAAGAAAAGGCCAGUUGAUCCUCAGUUCGGACGCACACUAUUCGAACGGGAAAUGUAUAUUGUUGCACACGACUUCAAAGAUGAGUCCGGAAGACCCACGAGUGAGACCUACUUCUGGGCUGGUGACGAGGUUCCGGAGUCGACAAUCGAAGAUGCACAACUUUUUGCUGCACGAGAAGCCAGGUCUCUCGGUGGAAAGCUCGUGAAGCUUCGCCAGGGUAAGGAGUCUAUUAAAUUCCUCCAAGCCCUUGGCGAUGUCAUUAUUACUCGGAGAGGGUCCAGCGGCAAGUUUGACUCCCUCGCGCCCUGUAUGCUUUGUGGCAGACGAUAUAUGGGAGAGGUGGUAUUUGACGAGGUCGACUUUGCCAUGGCCAGUCUCUGUGCCGGUUUCCCCUUCGUGGUUUCCAGCGGCGGUAAUUGCUUCGUGUGGCAGGGUAAAGGAAGCACGGUGGACGAGGUGAGCUGCGCAAAGCUCGUUGGGAUGGAGAUUACCAUCACUGGCGACCUGACUGCGCUGGAAGAGGGUAGCGAGCCAGAAUCGUUCUGGAGGAUGUUCGAGGCUGGCACAAAGCCGCACUCGGCUGACCAUUGGAGACUCAAACCCAACUAUGACAAAUACAGCGCCCGUCUCUUCUGCUCAGAUGCAGAGUCGAGGCAGCAGAUCUUUGAAAUCUCCCCCUUCAGUCAGGCGGAUCUCUCCCCCUUCAGCAUCUACGUUCUCGACGCCUUCUUCGAGAUGUAUGUCAUUGUUGGAUCCAAGGCCCAGUCCCAAUUCACCUCAUUCCGCAACGGUCUCAGCUUCGCGCAAGAUUACGCCAUCCUAGCCGCCUCCAUCGAGGACAGACCCUUCAUCCCCGUCUCUACAGUUGUCCUUGAGGGCGUACCGAGAGACCUGAAGCGGGUAUUCCGCAAAUGGGAAGAUGAAAAGAGCCCCACGGUCAUGAACCAGCCACCAGCCGCGGGUGGUGGUCUCAGGAGAGGGAGGAGCCUGCGGGUCGUGUCCUUGACUCAGGCCUUGCUUGCGCUUCAACAGUGA